CCCAAACCACCUGCAUUGUAAAUUCUCCAUCUUUCUAACUUUGAGUCGUCACUAUGGGACGGACAGUAAUUGCAUUCGACCUCUACGGCACUAUUCUCUCCACCGGAUCGAUAGCAGGAGAGUUAGCAAGAUUAUACGGGCAAGAUAGAGCUCAGUCAAUUGCCGCUCUAGCAAGGCGAUAUCAGCUUGAGUCAACAUGGCGCGUGACCAGUAUGGGCACUUAUCGCACAUUUAGUGACUUGACGAGAUGGUCAUUUCGGCAAGCUACGAAAGAGAUUGGUGUUGAGCUCACUCCUGAGCAGGAAGAACGUAUCAUGGAUGCAUAUAACGGCCUCGACACAUUCCCAGAUGUGGAUAAAGCACUCGAAAAACUGGCAGAACAUGCAUCUAUCGAUCCAUACAUCUUCUCAAACGGAACCAAGGCCAUGAUGACAUCGUCACUCGAUACAUGCCCAACUUUGUCAAGAGUGAGCAACAUAUUUCCCCACGAGAAAGUCGUCAGUAUCGACCCUCUCAAAGUGUUCAAGCCGCAUCCUCGUACGUAUGAGUUCAUGGCUGAGACAGCGGGGAUGAAGUCUCAGCUUGAUAGGGUUUGGCUGGUGAGCUCAAACCCAUUCGAUGUCACUGGUGCUGUAGCUUUUGGAUUCAAGAGUGCAUGGAUCGACCGUGAAGGCAAGGGCUGGACUGAUACACUGGGAUGUUCACUGGGGCUUCAGCCGACUGUGAUAGCGUCUGGCGUGGAUGAAGCUGUGCGGGUAAUCUUGCGUCAGUCUGAGGAGGAUAAGUAGGGUGAUGAUGAUUUCUUAUGCUGAAUUAUAAUGGCUCUCCUAGUAUAACCCUCGUCAUUAAUUCAUUUAUACAUCAGUUCUCGGAUAUGAUGCAAGGCUAUUCGAUCAGAGAGAGGUAUCCUUUAAUCAUUGAAGCGAUGGGCUUAGUUACUGCAACCUGGAGAUCGAGAAGAUAACUGCGGACUGCAAUAUUGAAUUUCUUCAUGUGUUCAAAAAAGAAUUUGCGAGAAGCCAGUGGUCCUGUAGUGAAAGA